AUGGCCGGCAAUUUACAGCAAAAGCUGUCCAACUCUAUCAGGUUCAAUGCAGUUGUUUGGCCGUUGAUAAGCUUGUUGGGGCCUCCCGCUAAGCCUAGGAAUAACUCGGUAUGGGAAGCGGAUCCUUGUACAACAUGUUUCUGUUUAGGUGACUUGGUGGUGUGUGAGCCAAAACAAUGCCAAGAUCCCAAGUGUGAUUUCGUUGGGGGAGAGCGGCUAAGAAUAGAAGCAAACAGAUGCUGCCCUGAAUGUGCACCCAGCAUAGGCUCCUGUGAAUACCAAGGAGAAGUAGUAGGGCACAAUUCACAGUGGAGCAUAUCACCUUGUCGAUCAUGUCAUUGUAAUAAUGGGAUAGUUCAAUGUAGUAAUCAAACAUGUGGGAUAACGCAAUGCAGUCCGGAGGAGAUCUUACAGCAGGAAGAAGGGGAAUGCUGUCCGACAUGCAUCAGACCGGGACGGCCAUGUACAUAUAGGGGUCUACCAUAUAGAGACGGAGAGGAGUGGGAACCAGUUAAAUGCAGCAAAUGCAAGUGUGAUGAUGGGAAGACGAGGUGCUUUAUGGCUGACUGCCCACCAUUACUAUGCGGUCAACAUGAAGAUGCAGUAUUGCGGGAAGGCAGGUGCUGUCCAGAGUGUACUGGCAGAUCCUGUGAGUUAGAUGGAUUAAUUUAUAAAGAUGGGUCUCAAUGGCAAGCAGACCCUUGUACAUAUUGUAAAUGUAACGCAGGAAGCAUAGACUGUACUCAACAGCGCUGUGUAAGAGACUUCACCUGCCCAGCUCGCCAGAGGAAGGUCUCUAAAGAAGGACAAUGCUGUCCUGAAUGUGUCUCAGCAGAUGCUCCAUGUGAUGAUUCUGGUAGCUUAAGGUACAGUGGGGAUGUUUGGAACAUCACAGCUUGUGAAUUUUGUAUAUGUCAACAAGGCAGGAUAGAAUGCACAACGGCAGAAUGUGACAGACUACGCUGUGGAGAGGGCGAUACUGUUCUUCAUCGAGAGGGGCGAUGCUGUCCUGAAUGUGUUGCACCUCUUGGUUACUGCAUCCACAACAGGAUCUCUUACACUAACGAUGAAACGUGGGAACCUGAUGACUGCCAUACCUGUGUGUGUCAAUCUGGAGAGACUCGCUGCUUCAAAGUAGAUUGCCCUCCCUGCUCAGGGGAUCGUAUACCUGUGGAGGUGGAAGGGCAAUGCUGUCCGGACUGUGUCUUAGUACAAUGUCGGCCUGAUUGCCUCGCCUGUGAUGCCCAGGGAUGUACAUCAUGCAGGAAUCAGAGAUUAGUGGAAGAUGGUCUAUGUGUUGAUUCCUGUGAUGUGGGAUUCUACAAAGCAUCAGAAUCAAUGUGUCAAGCUUGCCAUGAAACGUGUUUAUCUUGUACGGCGGGCACGGAGUAUCACUGUGUGACCUGUCAAGAGAACUAUCUACUGAAAUGGAGCCAGUGUAUCCCAAACUGUGGAAGUGGAUUCUUUGAAAUUGAAAACAUCUGCUCUGAGUGCCACGAGAGUUGUCAAGAGUGUACUGGUCCCCGUAAAUCAGACUGUUUGGUGUGCGCUAACUCGACGCAUGUUAUCAGGAGGAACAGUUGCGUGCCAGAAUGCGGCCAGGAUUACUACCUACAGGGGAACAUCUGCCAUUCCUGUGAUCCAUCUUGUUUAUCCUGUCACUAUGACAACCCUCGCUGCGUCUCCUGUCAGAGUGGUCAAUUGUUAGAGGAUGGACUCUGUGUGCCUCAGUGUAGUGCAGGGUUCUUCCAGGGGAGUGACUCGCAUUGUGAAGCUUGCCACAACACAUGCCUGUUCUGCAGGGGUCCCAGUAUCUAUGAGUGUUUGGCGUGUGAACCGCCGUACUUCCUACAAGAUGGACAGUGCCUUUAUAAUUGCUCCAAUGGCUUCUUUGAUGAGGAAUACGUCUGCAGAGUGUGUCACCCAAGCUGUCGGACCUGUCUAGGACCCAGCGAGUCUGAGUGCCUAUCCUGUCGAGACGCUUAUCAGGUUGUCCAGGGUAGACCUCCCUUCUAUGGACUCAUCAGCGGCUCAUGCACCGAUCAAUGCCAAGAGAGCUUCUAUAAUGAUGUGUGGGGCGUAUGCAUACCGUGUAAUCCAACAUGCCUGACGUGUACCGGUGAUUCCAUAGACAGCUGUACAUCAUGUCGGUCACCGUUGCUCCUUAGGAAUGGACGAUGUGAUAAGCAGUGCAUGGAGGGACAGUACUCUGAGAGAUCAGUGUGUCUAGAUUGCCAUCCGAGUUGUCGCUCGUGCUUCGGUCCUGAUACCAACCAAUGCCUUUCCUGCCACGUUGGGGACCAGCUGCAGCAGGGUACCUGCCAAACAGGUUGCCCUGGCUCCCAGUUCCCUGGUGACUUCGGAGCGUGUCAAAAUUGUAACUCUGAGUGUGGUACAUGCUUUGCCUCAGUGGAAGGUUUAGGGAGUAGUAUGUGUACGCAGUGUGUAGACAGCAGUGUUUUUCCACUCGGUGAUACGUGCGUGUCAGAGUGUGGAGUCGGCUACUUCUUAGAUGUGGCUUCCUCCAUGUGUAAAGCGUGUCACAUAUCAUGUCGGACCUGUAAUGGCCUUGGUGUGUUUGACUGCUCUUCUUGUUACUCUGGUGCCGUACUAACCCACAAUGGUCUCUGCUCCUCAAAGUGUUAUGGUGGUUACUAUGACGAUGGUGGCAUCUGCAAAGGUUGCCAUGAGAAUUGUCUGGAAUGUGAAAGCCCCUUUGAGUGUCUCGUCUGCCGUAACCCUAACGACGUCUUACAGUUUGGAGAAUGUUCACCGUACUGUGCUGAUCAGUAUUAUCUGGAUCCAGUCACCAGACUAUGCAGAGAGUGUGACUGGAGUUGUAACGCUUGUAGCGGUCCCACUGCCAGUGACUGUACUCGGUGUAUGGAGAGUCUCAUGCUGAAAGAUGGAUCGUGUGUCUCAGCUUGUGAGGAAGGCUACUACGAGUAUGUUGGAGAAUGCAAAGAAUGUGGUGAGGAUUGUAAGACCUGCAGUAGUCCAGGGGUAUGUAUGUCAUGCCAGCCUCCUCAGCUCCUACUGGGGGAUGAGUGCGUCUCUAACUGUGGUAUCACGUACUACAGCGACUACACUAGACAUGUCUGCAGAGAGUGUCCGUGGAGCUGUCUAGAGUGUAGUACACCAGACCAAUGCAGUAAUUGUGCCUCAGGAUCUUAUCUACUUCAGGGUAGCUGUGUCUUAGAGUGUCCCUCCGGCUACUUCCCAGACCCCAUCAUCAAUCUAUGUGAAGCCAAUCUGUACCCUCCGUCUCUCUACAUCAAUGGUUCCUUGAACAGUGACAUCGGCGGCACAACCAUCCUGGACACCUCCUUCUUCACAGCCUACGACCACGACACCGCCAGCCACAACCUCAUCAUCUACCUGAUGAGCUCACCCACCAACGGAGAGCUCAUCAAGAUCGAGAGGGGCGUUGAUAUUACCUUGAGAUCCGGGGACUUCUUCACCUUCCCACAAUUUGAAGAAGGGAGUGUCCGCUUCGUCCACAACCGGAAGGAGGACUUGAUGGGGUUCUUCACAGUGAAAGUCAACGACCGCCAGUUCGACUCGCCAACCGAGGACAUUAGCAUCAUCGUUGUUUCGCCGAUGCCGCCGUACGUGACCCGCAACCGACCUCUCAUUGUGGAGGAGGGAGAGAUGGGAAGUAUCGCCUCGGAUUUAAACUUGCAUAUUCGCGAUGACGACAACCCGGAAAUGGUGACGAUAACAGCUAUUGAGGGGCCGCGCCACGGUCGACUGGUGAAGUUCCCGGACAGGUCGCGGCUGAAGACCUUCCCGUUGAAUGACCUGAUCGCGGGGAAUAUCCGCUACGUUCAUGACGGGAGUGAGACACAGUUUGAUGCGGUUGUCUUCCAAGUGACGGAUGGACACAAUGUUAUCAAUGUUCUCUUCUACAUUCAGAUUAAUCCAAAUGAUAACAAAGGCCCCAUUCUGAUCAACAACGUCUUAAUGCGCGUCAGAGAGGGUGAAUUAAUACCAAUCACCUCGGAUCAUCUCAAAGCAUUCGACGUGGACUCUCCGAACAAUGAACUCAUGUAUACGCUCACCCCGCCCAACGGUAACCCUCGAAGUGGUGAGAUUGUGAUGGUGUUACCCGUCCCUGGUUCGGGCCUUCCCGUUGGAUGGGAAGACAUGGAGAAUGGCUUCAUGAUGCAACCAUUGAAGCACUUUGCUCAGGAGGAUAUAGACCAAGGCCGAGUCUACUACAGACACUCCGGGGGAGAAGUUACCAGCGACUACUUCAUGUUUGAGAUUGCGGAUACAGCAGACAACGUUUUGAGUGAUCAAGCUUUUAAUAUUGAGGUGCUUCCAAGUAACGAUGAGCCACCGAAGUUAGUGACUGGACUUGUGGAACCUCUGACGCUAUUGGUGUUGGAGGGCACAGUGACAGCAAUCACCAAUAACUACCUGGCCUACACAGAUGUAGACAGUCCAGAUCCGGAUCUAGUCUACAACAUCACUCGACCACUUCCGAAUGGUGGAGGCAGUAUUGAGUAUGUCGACAGACCCUUUCAGGCACUGGACUUGUUUACGCAGGCUGACAUCAACGCAGAGAAGAUUGUAUACCGCCCUCCUAAUGUCAAACUGGGAGAGGAUUCACAGUCGUACAUCUUCUAUUUCACAGUCACUGACAGUGUUCCAGGUGGCAACCUAGUCGGUCCCAAACAGUUCACCAUCUUCAUCCUCCCUAAUAACAAUGCCCCGCCCAUCUUUGGGAAUCCAUACCCGACCCUGGAGGUCUCUCGCGGUGGCCUGAAGCAUCUGCGCGGUUUACUGACGGAUAUUACAGACGUGGACACCCCUGUGGAAGACUUGUUGUAUUCCAUUACUGGUGCUCCAGAGUAUGGGAAUAUAGUGAAGAAUGGAUUCCACCAAAUCAGAGUGGGCGAUGAGUUCACUUACUCCGAUCUUUUCAACAACAAAUUCCACUACAUCCACGACAACUCACAGACCGAGCAUGACAGCUUUGAAGUAUCUGUCACCGACGGUACCCACACCGCCAACAUCAUCGUAGCCGUCGUCGUCACGUACACGGACACCAAGAUUCCCUACGUGCGUCCAGGGUCAACACUCUCGCUCCUCGUGCCCGAGAACAACAUCGUGACGGUGACACGAGAUGAGUUAUCGUUCGAGGAUGAUGACUCGAUUGACUCGGAGAUCGUGCUGACGUUGGAUACGCUGCCUCGGAGCGGGAGGCUGCAGAAACGUAUCGCUGGAAACUUCUUCCAGGACAUCCCUCGUGGCGGGUCUUUUGUUCAGACGGCUAUGAAUGACUAUGAUAUCAGAUAUGUUGCCGAAGGAGAAAUAGGCAGCCAGGCCAUCACAGAUCUACUGUUCUUUAAUGUGACUGACGCUAGUGGUAACAUGCUCGUUAAGCAGGUUUUCACUGUGACUGUUACACCUGUUAACGAUCAACCUCCAUCUGUUACAAUUCGUGGUGACGGCAUUAAGUUGGUGGAAGGAGCGCGGGAACUAAUCUCAACUGCUGACAUAAGAGCCACUGAUCUUGACACCAGACUAAACCAGCUCAUGGUCAUUAUUGAUGCAGGGCCGAGUUUUGGUUUCCUGGAGAACAUCAAAACAGCUAUUGGCUCUGAGCAACCCAACGUUGACAUUCCCAUCACGAUCUUCCGGGUAAAAGACUUGAUCGAUAACACCAUUUACUAUGUGCAGAGUGUGCAUAGAAACAUUGAGCCUACCCAAGAUGGCUUCCUCUUCCAUGUGUCUGACGGGGAGAAUGAGUCUCCACAGUAUCGCUUCAACAUCUCCAUUAAGCUUGUUAAUGAUGAAGAACCAAUGCUGAUAACGGACACCCUCUAUCUACCCGAGAAUGAUGGCAUCGUAAUCAGCAAUGUCUCCCUCUACGCCAGUGACCUCGACAGCUCAGCCGACGACCUUCUCUUCACCAUCACCGAGUACCCAAACUGCGGCACGCUGCGCCGGCGUGAGUUUGUCGAAGACCCGCUCCACUUUGGUCGCAUCUUGACCGUCGGGGACACGUUCUCGUGGCGUGACGUCCUGGAGGAGUUGGUCGUUUACAUUCACGAUGGAUCGGAGGUGAAGACGGACACGUUUAGCGUGUCGCUUACGGAUGGACUGUACACGGUCUUGGGUUCGGUGCCUGUCCAUAUUGGAUUGAUUAACGACGAGACGCCUAGGGUUGCUGCCAAUAGAGGGCUUCAGGUUCAGAUCGGUUCCACGACGCCAAUCACCAAUAUUGAACUGCGAGCAGAGGAUGUCGACUCCCAGAACAUGGAGUUGAUUUAUUCGGUGACCUCUGACCCCACCGUGGGUCAACUCCAGUUUCUAAGGAAUGGUCAGAGUGUAGUCUGGCUCCGGGUCAACGGAGAGAUGUCCAGCUUCACGCAGAGUGAUAUAGAUAAUGGUUACAUCCAGUAUGUCCAUGACGCUAGAGAGGCUGCAGGUACCGUUGUCUUUAAGUUCACACUCUCAGACCCAGAGGGAAAUGGGCUGAUUGAUCAAUCCUUCCUCAUCACUGUGCUUGAGGACCGAGUACCUCCCCAGGUCCUAGCCAACCAUGGUCUGACCCUAGCAGAAGGUACAUCCAAGUCCAUCACCACCGACAUCCUCUCCUUCACCGACGUGGACAGCAUCCCUGGCAACCUCAUCUACUCUAUCUCAAACGGACCGACCUACGGCCAGCUAGAGUUCACCGAUAAUCCCGACGCUCCCAUCACUGAGUUCACUCAAUCGGACCUGGCGUCCAAGACGGUGAAGUACGUGCAUACCAGUGAGACGGAGGCCACUAUGGAUAGCUUUACGUUCACUGUGGAUGAUGGAACCAACCAAAUUACGCAGACGUUCUACAUUACCCUGACGCCGGUGGAUGACUCACUCCCUCUAGUGACCAACUUUGGCAUGCGGGUCCAGGAAGGCGUCCGCAAAGCUAUCACAGAGUUUGAGCUCAAGGCCCAGGACAUGGACACACCGGCUGAUUCCAUCAUGUUCACCAUCUUCCAACCGCCUCGCCACGGCACGAUUGAUGAAGUACGACGAGGGCCAACCCUAACCUUCACUAUGACGGACCUGUAUGAGAACCGCAUCAGCUAUAACCAUGACGGCAGUAACACACUGGAGGAUAGCUUCUUGUUCACUGUGUCUGACGGCACCAAUGCACUGUUCAUGGUAGAGCAAGGGACGGAACUGAGUACCACAUCAGCACCCCAGCGAUUUGACAUCACUAUUCUUCCCGUUGACGACGGCACACCAAGAAUCAUCACCAAUCUGGGACUGUCCUACUUGGAGUACCUUGAUGACACGGCCAUGGGAGUGAUUACUAGUAAGAUGCUAGUAACAAUGGAUGCAGACACUACGGAUAAUCUCUUAGUCUAUACCAUCACAUCGGAGCCUGAGCACGGCAUUCUGGAAUCCACCUUGUCACCAGGAACACCAAUCACUGUCUUUACACAAGAGGACAUCAACAACGGCCUGAUCCGUUACAUCCUGAACUACGGUGCAGAGCCAGAGCUAGGGGACAGGUUUGUCUUCGAUGUAGCUGACAGUAAACCCAACACGGUGUUAGACACGGUGUUCCGUAUCCGCUGGUCCUUGAUUCACUUUCAGAAGGGGUCGUACAACAUCAGCGAGAAAGCUGGGGUGAUCAGUGUCCCAGUGACACGCAGUGGAAAUCUCAAUCAGUAUGCCAUAGUGCUGUGCAGCACCGAGCAUGGCUCAGCCACCUCUAGCGGCAAUCAACCCGGCCAGAAUGACUACCAAGAACAAUCGGUCCAGAUCCAGUUUGAAGAGAGAGAAGAAACCAAGAUAUGUACCAUCUUCCUUAACGACGACACGCUGUACGAAGGACCAGAGGACUUCAUCGUUGAGCUUAGUAUGCCUGCGUACGCGUUGCUAGGCGACCCGUCGGCUGCCUUGGUUACCGUCAUGGACGAUGAAGAUGAACCGAGCAUUGAGUUUGAUGAGCUUAUCUUCCACGUCAAUGAAAGCUCAGGAUUCAUCUUUGCGCCGGUCUCAAGGAAAGGCGACUCCAGUCGUAGUGUGUCCGCAGUGUGCUUCACUAUACCUGGGACUGCUACCGGUAGCAGCUUGACCGGUCUGGAGUCAGGGUCGGACUAUAAGACCAGAGGAAUGGCUAGCGAGUUCAGAGUGGUCUUCCCUGCUGGAGUCAACAAGGCCUCAUGUGAUGUCAAGAUUAUUGAUGAUGCUAUGUUUGAGGCGGAGGAAGAGUUUGAGGUUGCCUUGGCGAUGCCGUCACUAUGGAGUAAACUGGGCAAGAAAUCUCGAGCUACUGUUAUCAUUGAUGGACCAAACGAUGAGUCUGUCGUCUCUCUGAGUCGCAACACGUACAUUUUCAACGAGAAUGCCGGCACUGUAGAGAUCGAGGUGACGAGACACGGCAGUGAUCUCUCUCAUACCUCCAUGGUAUGGUGCUCCGUUAAACCAAACACCCCGCCCUCUGCGGCACCGGGGGCAGACUUUGUGCCCAGUACCAGCCAGCUCACAUUCGGACCACAGCAAACUGUCGAGGUGUGUCGUGUGACGAUCGUUGACGACACAGCGAGUCCCCAGAUGGAAGGGAAUGAGACGUUUAUUGUGUACCUCAGCUCAGCCAUGGGGUCUGGACUAGCCACACCAUCAGAAGCUCUCGUAGUCAUCAAUGACACAGUAGAUGAUAUACCCACAAUGCAGUUCUCGUUCCGUGACGUAAAGGUUGAAGAGCACCAGGGGUUGGUUCACAUCCCCAUCGUGCGUAGCGGUGAUCUGUCUUUUGAGUCAUCGGUACGUUGCUUCACACGGCAACGGAGUGCUUCCGUUAUGAUGGACUAUGAUGAGAGACGGAAUACCGAUGAAUUCAGGAUUAUAUUUGCCCCUGGGGAGAAGGCUAAGAACUGCACGGUGGGUAUAGUAGAUGACCAGACGUAUGAAUCAGAUGAGCAUUUCGUUGUGCGUCUUGGAGAUCCAAUCGGUAGCGAUUAUUGCCAUGCUCAGGUCGGCAAGAAUGAUUCCACCACUAUCACUAUCCUAGACACUCAAGAUGCUCCAACCAUACAGUUUGAGAAGGUAGCGUACAGCGUCCGGGAACCCAACGAUCCCGAAGAAAUGUCUGUGGUAACGAUAACCGUCAUCAGAACCGGUGACCAGAAUAGGACAACCAGAGUACGCACGAGUACCAGGGAUGGCUCGGCCAAAUCAGGAGUUGACUACGAGGCGUAUUUUAAGAUCAUUCGAUUCCAACCAGGUGUUCGAUCUGUUGACAUAGAGAUACAGAUCAUGUAUAAUAAAGACAUGGAAUGGCACGAGACAUUCACCGUGGUGCUCGGCCCUGACGACCCGGUCAACGCCCUCCUUGGAUCCAUCACCACGGCAACGGUAACCAUCAUUGAUGAGGAGGCGGCCGGUAGCGUGGUCCUCCCAUCUAUUCCAUUAGUGGUAUCGUUGAUGGAUUAUGAUGACAUAGCAGAUAGACUAGACAGAGAUCCAUCACCGGGGUAUCCACUCAUCUGUGUUACACCUUGUGAUCCUCACUACCCGGAUUAUUCAAUGACGCGUGAAUUCUGCGCAGAGUCCGGUAUCAACAAUUCAAAUAUCCACUACAACUGGGAAGUUGCCAUGCCGACCGACGCAGAAGGCUCCAGAGCUCCCUUUGAACGCAUCGUCGACUUCACGCCUUUCACCAACCCCAACGAGAAGGUCCUAGACAGCCUCUACUUCAGUCGACGUUUCCACAUCAGAUGCAUCGCUCAACCGUACGACAAGAGCGGACGACCGGGGGUGCCACUCCGAAGUAACAUCGUCGUCAUCGGAACGGAUAACGGCAUCUGCCACACCCCGGUCACGGCAGGCGUGUCGCGCGGAUUCCAGGCGCAGUCCUUCAUCGCAAACCUACGUUACAUCGACGAGACGGACGACGCCCACCCGAAUACCCUCCACGUGUCUGUGGAGAUCCCACACCAAGACGGUAUGUUACCAGCUAUCUCGACGGUCCCCUUACAUAACAUCCGCCUCCUGCUAACGGAACCAGUGUACCGUCAACAACACAUCUGCUCCAAUCUGAUCAACAACCCAAGCUGGGGCGGCCUGACUGACUACAGCUUCCUCCAACCUGCCGAUCUAGACAGCUUCGUCAUCAGUCCCGGUAACAACUACCCCUACCAAUUCGAUCCGGAGCUCCGCAGCACGAAGGCUCUCAAUCUCUACCAACAUCUGAACCUCAAGAGUUGUACCUGGACCUUUGACGCAUAUUACCACAUGACUGAGUUAAUUGAUCUGUGUGGGGGCGCUGUAACGACAGACUUCCAAGUACGCGACACAGAUGAGAGUUACCUUACCGUGACGGUACCCUUGUAUGUGUCGUACCUCUACGUUACCGCUCCAACUGGAUGGGGUGCUUUGGAUCACAGGACCGAAAUGGAAUUCUCAUUCUUCUACAAAACCAUACUGUGGAGGACGGGUCUUGAGACUGACAGCGUCUUGAGUGGAAGACUUGAGGUUCUUAGAAUCCGUAUCGGAGAUCAGGGUAACCUCAUCAUUGACUUCAAGACUACCACUAAGUAUAGAGGACUUUUUGUAAUGGACCACCACACACUUCCGGAAUACAAGUCUAGGAUUGUACCACCGUCUGUUUUAGGGGUGGACUUCACACUGGAACAGCUUUGGAGUGAGGGGACAUUUGAUAGUCCUCAGCAGUUGUGGAGAGCAACCAGUACAUACAAUCUAAAGGAUUAUUCUGGUGAUUAUGUGAUUGAGCUUCUACCGUGUACAGUCACCCCGACCCAGUCUUAUAACAUCAUGCCUGACAUGCCGGUAGUCUGCACUGCUCAUCCACCAGAGAAGUUUGUUGUCCCGAUAGCGUUCCAGCAGACCAACCGUCCAGUCCCAGUAGUCUACUCCCUCAGUACAGAGUUCCAUCUCAUGAAUAAUGAGAAGGUGUUCCUGAUGAAUCCCAACGACGCUGCCAUGAGCCUCCAGGAGAUGGACUACAAAGGAUCAUUCGCAAAAGGUCAAACCAUCUUUGGUCGCGUGCUGUGGAACCCAGACCAGGAUUUGGAUCGAGCGUACAAGCUGCAGAUUGACAAGGUGUACCUGUGCACAGGAGCCGACGGCUUCGUCCCGUACUACGAUCCCGGUGGUGAAAUCUACAAGGAGGGUCCGCAGUUUGGAUGUAUGCAGGAAAACCGCAAACUCAAACAUCGAUUCUUACUGCUGGAUCGUGGAGACCCAGGUGCAGUCACUAGAGCCUUCAACGAUGUUCCAUUUGAUGCGUCGUUAGCCAGUUACACAGAUAACUACAAUGCUGUUAGUAGUAUGCCUGGCGUGGAUGGGUUCACCAUGCAGGUCGACCCAUUGUACAAAGUGCAGUCUGGCCACCAGUGGUACAUGCAGGUCAUCUACACCAUCGGACCCUCAGAGUCUCUGCCAAGAUUCCGUCGUUCCCUCAUGGCGUCCGUCUCCAAUCCCCUCAACCCAAACAGUCACAAACCGAGCUCUCAUCAUAACGGCACUAACAUCAAGUCCCUUAGUCUCAGCGAGGAUGACCUGGCAUCCGGCCUCAAGAAAGGCACCACCAAUGUUGUCAUCCCGGCUGUUAUCGGCCUCCUGGGAUCUGUUGGGUUCCUGGCGUUGAUUAUCUUCGUGGUCGCUAGGAGAAAGAAACGGCGACGGGCGGAGGAAGAGAGAAAGCGGCACCGGACGAAACCGGUCAAGUCAACGAAUCGCAACGCUCUGCCGCGACAGCCUAAGAGUCACCCAAAGACGCAGGAGGUCGAAAUGGACUUACAGAAAAUGGUCAAAGUCAGCACGCUCAAUAUAUACAAGGAAAAUUUAAACACACCUGCUGUCAAAGUUAAAAAGGUGAACUUAGAAGUGAAAUUGAGCAACGCUGACGGUGGGACAGAGGUUUGAUGGAUUGUCCAACGUCUCCAGUAGAUUUUUUGCAUUAUUUAAUAAUAAAAAUAAGAAACUAUGGGUGCUCUAAAAUGUUAUUUUAUCAGUACAGUUUAUUUUGUUGUCAACUCAAGAAAACAAUUGACUUUUUCUUUCCUUUCCUUUUUUUUUUAAGAAUCUGUAUACAUUGAGAGUUUAAAACUAGAGACACACACCAUGGUGGCAUUUGUUACUACCUCUAAGUUGAUGUUGUUUUUAUGAUGUAUUUACCUUUGCUAGCCAUUUUUGUUUUUUAUUUACAAAUUGUAAUUAGAUGUGUAUUUAUGCUAAUAUAUGCUUAAAGCUUGUGGGUAGCGAGGUUUUUCCCUGCAAAAUUAGAUGACAUUGAAAUUUGCUUUGCUGCUUUUUGUAAAAUACACAAAAAAGAAAAUCACAGAUCAAAUUGUGUUGAUGGUUUUCUUGCGUAUAGAGGAAUGUAGAUUUGGCUUUAUUCUAACGCUAUUUCAGUUUUGUUUCAUUACCUUAUGCAUAAAAAUUAAUAGUAAUAAUUAAAAAUUGUGCAGUAUUGUAGUUUUUAAAUGUAAACUUGGCGUAAACAUAAUACUGACUAUAAAAAAUGAAUGUAUGUUUUUCGUUUAUUGUAGUUCUUAUUUAUAUUAUAACAAUUUGUUUUGUAUGUUGCUUGUUUCGUUUUUAUCUUGCAGAAUAAUGUGACUGAUAUGUUACCGGUGCACCUUCUGUUUUUUUCUGUCAAAAUAUAUUAUUAACAGUUCCUGAUAGGCAUUUAAUGCAGAAUGGAUAACUAUUCGUGGAAUAAGUGGAAAAAGUAUAAAGGGUGCUAGAGCAUUUGCUAUAAAAGAUCUUUUCAAAUUUCAUUUGCAUCCAAAGUUGUGAUGAUGGCUGAUAAAAUAACCAAAGGGUGGCCAGAAUUUUGUUCCCGGCAGCCAUAACUUGAUUUUUCUAUAUUUUUAUACCAUAAACAGCAAUCAUGCACUCAUGAAAUUUACUUACUAAAAUUAUCAGGUUUUUCCCCCUGAAUUUUACAACUUGUGAAUGUUUUCAUUUCACUACGAUAUUCUGGUUGCGAAGCCAAGGACUCUCAGAAAAGCAAACUAAAUCUCUGUACUAGCCAAGAUCCCAGUGGAGAGAAGACAAGGAAGGAAGUUUCACUUUUAGAUGUGGGAGGAAAACCCAAGGGAAAUCCAAAGAAAACCCUUGCAGUCAGAUAGGGACUAAAACCCAAAUCCACACAGUGCCCCAGGCUUGAUUCGAACCAAGGUUCUAGGACCACGUUCCUACUGGAUCCACAAUUGCGAGAUCUGGAUCCCGCAACAAGAUUAGUUGCAGGCGUGAAAUCGCAGUCGCAUUCCCACUUGAGUAUGAUCUCGCAUUGAUCCCCCUUUUUGGGAACGGAAGCAGGUUCAAAAGAACACUGUUUUGCUGGCAAAUUGCGGGGUCUGGUCGCCCUUGCGUUCCCACUAGACUUUUGAUCGCCCACUAAUCCAAAAGGGCGAUCAGAUCCCGCUUUAAUCCUUGAUCGCCCUUUUCUCGAAUCGGGAGAUCAAUGAGGGUUCCAGUGGGAAUAGGGUCCUAGAGGUAAGAUACCACCAUGCCAACCUGACCGCCCCAAGUUCAAGUUUGUUCUCUGCUUGUUUUGAUCUCUCUUUCUCCUAAUGUUUGUGUUUUGUGUGAAAUGUUUUAGAUCGAUACAUAAUUAUUUAUAUUUGGUGUUUAUUUAGUGUGGCCAUGUCUGGAUUAAUGGCUUACGGCUAUGGCUAGAUGACUGCAAAUACUACAGCCGUAGACAAAGCCGCUAUAUCCAGACGGGCCCAAGUUAAAAUCUUACCAAUUCAGGGAUAGUAUAAGAAAUUCACGAUGCUGCAAAAGACAAAGAGACAAACAGAUUUUUAAAUGUUUGUAUGAGACAGAUUGGCUGUUGCCAGCUUGGUGUUUAUAUACCCCCCCCCCCCCCCC